GCUCUUCUCUGUGAUGCUUGGUCUCUGCUGAACCAGACCCCUCUGUCAAGCAUAUGGCUUGGUUUCUGUGUCUGUGUGCAUUUUUGGCUCUGGUUUUGUUAGCAGUGCACUUAAAACUCAGGUUGUCCAUGCAUGGUCCCCAGGAGCCUCCACACCUUCCCACACUACCCUUGAUCGGCAGUUUGAUGAGCCUGCGAAGCCUACAACCUCCUCAUGUGCUUUUCAAAGGACUUCAAGGGAAAUAUGGACAGACAUACUCCUUAAAGAUGGGCUCCCAGAGUGUCAUUGUUGUCAACCAGCACAGACACGCUAGAGAAGUCCUGUUGAAGAAAGGAAAGACAUUUGCAGGGAGACCCAGAACUGUGACCACUGAUGUUCUGACCAGAGAUGGGAAAGAUAUUGCAUUUGGAGACUACAGUGCUACUUGGAGGUUCCACAGGAAAAUAGUCCAUGGAGCUCUCUGCAUGUUUGGAGAGGGCUCUGCAUCCAUUGAGAAGAUCAUCUGUGCAGAGGCCCAGUCUUUGUGCUCUGUCCUGUAUGAGGCAGCAGCUGCUGGAAUAGCCCUGGAUCUGUCUCCUGAGUUGACUCGUGCUGUCACCAACGUCAUCUGUUCGCUCUGCUUCAACUCCUCCUACCACCGCGGAGACCCAGAGUUUGAGGCCAUGCUGGACUACAGCCAGGGCAUUGUUGACACUGUGGCAAAGGACAGCCUAGUUGACAUCUUCCCGUGGUUACAGAUGUUUCCCAAUGCAGACCUGUGCCUUCUAAAGCAGUGUGUUUCAAUCCGAGACAAACUUCUACAGAAGAAAUAUGAUGAACAUAAAGCAGAUUAUAGUGACCAUGUGCAGAGAGACCUACUGGACGCUCUGCUGAGAGCCAAACGCAGCGCUGAGAACAACAACACAGCAGAGGUCAGUGCACAAUCUGUUGGCCUCAGUGAAGACCACCUCCUCAUGACAGUGGGAGACAUCUUUGGAGCCGGAGUGGAAACCACAACCACUGUACUCAAAUGGGCUGUCACCUUCCUCAUUCAUCAUCCACAAGUGCAGAGACGUAUCCAGGAGGAGCUGGACAGUAAGGUGGGAUCGGGGCGGUCACCCCAGCUCAGUGACAGAGGCAGUCUCCCCUACCUGGAGGCCACCAUAAGGGAGGUGUUACGGAUCCGCCCUGUGGCCCCUCUACUCAUCCCCCAUGUGGCCCUCAGUGACACCAG